AAAAUUCUAAACCCAAAUUACCCAAUUGCAGAACAAGUGGGAAACGAUAUAUCCUAGAAUCCAAAGACCUCAUUUUUUCAGCCAGAAAAAUAUAAUUCCGCCAGCCACCACACCAACUCUCCCAGAAUAUCCAUUAUUUUCUCUCUUCCCAAACAGCUUUCUUUCUCUCUCUCGCUGUAUGUAUGGAGGAAGUUGCUUGACUAGGCCGUCAAACCAAGGGGGAACGCUCUCUCUCAGCUGCCAUAUUCUUAGUAACGGCCCAUUUGAUGCGAAGCAUACUCGGAAGCUUCAAGAAUCGGACCCUGAGGAGUCUCUGACGCGCUCCUAAUCGAGCCCAGUAUGUUGAGCUCGUCUUGCUCUCAGGCCCUUCUCCGCCGCCCUUUUCUUCCUCCCUCAACCCCAAUUACUAGGGUUUCUAAUCGACCCAGAGAGAGAUUUCCAAUUACCCGGAGCUUUCGGAUCUCUGAACCCCAUUUCAGUCCCUUAAAGAAGGAGUGGAAAAGAAUUUCAUGUUUUAGACAAGAGGAUUCUUCAUCAGAAACCCAGAAAUCUGCAUACAUUGACCACUCUUCGCCAGAGGAAGUCAUUAAAUCUGAAACCCAGAAGACGUCUGAAUACAUUGAACACUCUUGUGCACCUUUGGAACUCGUGAAUUCUGACUGCAGUAAUUCAAAUGCAGUCAAAAGAGAUUUGCCAUUAAGUCUUUGGGAGCUUGCAAAUGCAGUUUUCAAAUCAAUAGAGAAUCGAUGGACUGUACCAUGGACAGCAGAGACCAUAAUGCAGGUUAUGCUUCUUUGGGUUGCUGCAUUCUGUUUUAUAGGUUCUUCGGUGGCUCCAAUAGCAACCCAUAUGGCUGGUUUGAGUAGGGAAUCGCUAACGCUUCGAGGACAAGCCUUUUUCAGCCUGUUAACAGAUGUAACUGAAGGACUUGCUGGAAUAAUGAUUCUUCAUCGCUGCCUGUCUCGGUUUCGUCCCCUCCCACCAGAUUGGUUUAGAUUUAGCUUCAAAGGAAACUGGUACAUCGAUGUUGCUUUGGGAUGUCUUAUGUUUCCCCUUGUCAACGGACUCUCACAUUUCAAUCUCAAACUCUUACCUCUUUUGCCAUCCACACCCGUCACUCUGUCAAGUGUUGAGCAGUCAGUAAUGGCAUGCGAUCGAGUAGCAAUGGCACUGUAUGCAAUAGUAGUCUCAGUUUGUGCUCCUGUGUGGGAAGAGAUUGUCUUUAGGGGCUUUCUUCUUCCUUCUUUGACCAAGUACAUGCCAGUGUGGUGUGCAAUUCUGGUUAGUUCAGUUGUCUUUGCCAUGGCACAUUUCAACGUACAGAAGAUGCUUCCGCUUAUUUUUCUUGGGGUUGUGAUGGGUGCUGUCUUUGCACGGUCAAGAAAUCUAUUGCCGUCAAUGCUCUUGCACAGCCUUUGGAAUAGCUUCGUCUUUCUAGACUUAAUGAAGUAAGCUGCUGAACAUAUUACUUGCCUAAUAAUUUGGUGAUCAACAAGCCCAUUUUCGAAAGAAAAAAGAGAGCAUGUAUUCAGGUCAAUUCUGUGGCACAAACUGCACUCUGGCCCAAGUGUUAUGAGCCCCUCUCAAGGCCAGCUGCGAGCUGUCUCAAUAAUGUUGAACCAUAAAUGUCCGAAGGAAGCAGUACAUAACUCCACUUGCUGAAUGCUCUAAAAGCUGAAGAAAAGCAGCAUUUCAUCAGAAGAAUCAGUUGGCAGUGUUCAUCUCUUUGAUGAAUUAUAGCAAAGCAUGUGAGAGAGACAGAGAGAAGGAUAGAAUAGUUUGUAAAUGAUUAUUUUCCUAUUGAUCUUAUCUUUGAUUCCAGCAUUACAAAGUUCUUGUAGUUCCACAAGCCUGGUUAAUAAUUUAUUUAUUUUUCUUUUCAA